AUGAGCAAAACUUCCAGCAUUGAGAGGGCGGCGGAACCGAUUAUGAAGCCUAUUCGAGUUGCCGUCAUCGGCGCUGGUGCUUCUGGUUUGGUCACAGCCAAGUACCUUCGUCAGGCUAGACAGUACUUCGGCGUACCCGAUAUCGAGGUCCGGAUCUUUGAGAGGGAAGAAGGAGUGGGUGGUGUCUACAAGUACAAGGUCUACGAAGAAGCCGAGAUGGUUUCGUCCAAGUACCUCACAGCGUUUUCGGACUUUCGUGUCCCAAAAGACCUCCCUGAUUUUCUGCCGGUAGAGGAUUAUGUUCGCUACCUCGAGGGCUUCUGCGCCCAGUUUGAUCUUUGGGACAUUAUCGAGACGAAUACGGAGAUUCUUCGAGUUUCUCACACGGCCAAUGGCCACCGCGUCUUUUUUCGACGCUCUCAAUGUUUGGAAGUUGCAGAGAGCCAAGAUGAGGGCCAAGAAGAGGAGUCAUGGGACUGUGAUGCCAUCGCCGUCUGCUCCGGUCUUAACAAUGUGCCGUCCAUCUCAUACAUCGAAGGCCUUGAGAACCUUUGGAUGCCGGAUCCUCACCAAAAGCCGGUCGACACAGCAAUUGCGAGUUUCCUCGACACUGCAUAUCUUCCAGAGCGUCUCCAACACUCCAGUCUACUCUGGAGCGUGUACGACAAGACGUUCAAGGGUCUUCACCUUCUCUCAGGCGGGACCGCGGCUGGCCCGGAUCAGUGGGUUGGAGAGAUUGAGGGCGAACGCAAUAACGUUGACUCCUACAGCAAGAAGCGUGAGCACGCUGAGGCGCUGUCUCAAGUCAUCAAGCCCGACUUGGUGGUCGCUGCAACUGGAUAUGUGCGCCGAUUCGAUUUUUUGGACGACGAUUACCCGAAACCCAAUGAGCUGGAUGUACGCGGGAUCUGGAGGCGCGGAGAGAUAACCGCGGGAUUUAUUGGCUUCGUACGGCCUGGCAUUGGAGCUAUUCCGCCUCUUGCCGAACUACAAGCCCAACUAUGGGUUCUCAACCUCCUCCGGCACAAAUACCCUCAACGAAUGGCGCUGCAUGCUUCAGGUGCCAGCCAAGGAGAGUCUAACGACGAUGCUAUUCCUCACUAUGAGAUCGACUACGCUCUCAAGGCUCGAGGCGGACAUGACUUGUUCAAGAGCAAGCACGGGGUUGAACAGGAGUCUUACGCAUAUCAGCUUGCUCUCGACAUGGGCAGCGCGCCGACAUUUUCUUUCAUGUGGCGUCAGGGGUUUAAGGCGUUUUUCACAUGGGCAAUGGGAUCAAAUUUCAACACCAAAUUUCGUCUCAUUGGUCCAUGGAGAUGGACAAAGGGCGCGCUGCCUAUCAUGCGUGGCGAGCUGUUUGAUGUUGUCAAGCAAACAGGGGGCGGUGUCUACUGGUCGGGAUGA